AUGGACAUUCUUCCUGGAGUCGGGGCGUCUGCUGUGGCCAUGGCAUCCGCUUUGUCAGUGGCCGCUGGGGCUUAUCUAAACGCAAAGCUUGCCAUUUCCACCGACGUCCAAACAAUCGUCAACAAUACAGACGUCGCGAAGCGUUUAAACGCGCGCAUCGCAAAGCUCGAUGGUUCAACAACCAUCUACAAGAUGCUUGAGAUGGCAGUGGAAGUUGAAGGACGAGGAGGCACAGAUGCGCUCUGGUUUGAGCAGAAGACGUGGUCGUAUGGACAAUUAAAAGACUUGGCCGACAGAAUGGCUGCUCUUUUGAAGGGACGCGAUGUCAAGGCAGGCGAUACUGUGGCUGUCUUCACGUCCAAUUCGCCGGAGAUGGUUGUCACUCUGUAUGCCCUGUCGAAAUUGGGGGCAGUGUCGGCUAUGAUCAACACCAACCUGCGAGAUGAUACCUUCAUCCAUUGCCUGAGUGUGUCUGGCUCUAAAUUAAUCGUCUCCACUGCCGAUCUGGCACAAUACGUCUGUAACGACCUGCCGCACCUCACAAUUAAUACGUCGUCCUUUGAAGGCGCCGAAAUAGGCUCAGUAGAGCUCAUCACCUCGGAAACUCUGCAGCAAUUUUCUCCAUCGGGACUUGCGGCAGCCAAGCGCACCCCAAAAGACCUAACCGUUCUGAUCUACACAUCAGGGACAACUGGCAAGCCUAAAGCCUGUGCAAUCCGCAAUAUGCUCACUCUGAUCACCUCCACCCCGCUGUCAACAGACAUCAACAACCCUUCAAAAUACUACCCGAUGCGCAUAUACUCUCCACUGCCCCUUUUCCACGGCACGGCAUUCUUCAUCGGGCUGUGUACAGCGAUCGGGAAUGGAGGAACCUUAUGCCUGGGUAGAAAGUUCUCCGCCUCGCAGUUCUGGAAGGAGGUGCACGACUCAGGCGCAACCCGUAUCUUAUACAUCGGCGAGCUGUGCCGGUACCUUCUCGCAACGCCACCAUCACCCUAUGACCAAGACCACAAGUGUCUCGUAGCAACGGGCAACGGGCUACGUGGCGAGAUCUGGGAAAAGUUCCGCAAGCGCUUCAACGUACCCGAGAUCCGCGAGUUCUACCGUUCAACAGAGGGCGUUGCCAAGUUCGACAAUCAUGGUGUUAGCGCUUGGGGUGCUGGAAAGAUCGGCUUUUCCGGUCCUAUCCGCCGCUUCUUGGAGGAUGACACUUUCAUCGUCAGGUAUGAUACUGAUUCCGAGAUGCCAUACCGGGAUCCUGCAACUGGAUUCUGCGUGAGGGCUAAGCUCGGAGAGGAGGGCGAGGCGAUCGGUCGCAUCCGAGAUCGCGGUCUACUCAUUGAAUAUUUGGGCAAUGAGGAUGCGACGGAAGAAAAGCUUCUUCGCGAUGUCUUUCAGAAAGGAGAUUUGUUCCAACGAACCGGUGAUCUAGUUGUACAAGACGAAGAUGGUUGGGUGAAGUUCCAGGAUCGGGUUGGUGACACUUUCCGAUGGAAGGGCGAGAAUGUCAGUGCCGGCGAGGUUCGGGACCACAUUUGCCGCAUUGACGGUGUACAUGACGCUGUAGUAUACGGCGUGAAGCUGAGCGGUUAUGACGGCCAAGCUGGUGCCGCUGGAAUCACGCUGGAAUCGCCAUCUGCUGAGACGGACAUAAUGUCAACGCUGUACAAACAACUCAAAAAGAAGGGUGUUCCAUCUUACGCCCUGCCUCGACUAGUCCGACUCACUCAAAGAGUUGCGACCGGUGUUACAUUCAAACAGGCCAAGGGUGAGCUGGCGAAGAAAGGCUGGAAUCCUCGUCAAGACUGUGAUGGUGACAUUUUGUACUGGUUGGACGGCAAUAAGUAUCGGAAGUUGGAAGAAGGAAAUUGGGCAGAGAUAGAAAGUGGUAGAGCCAAAAUCUGA